AUGUCCUCACUUGACGCGUGUCGGGAGCUGUACGAGACGGAUCUGGCGAACCAGACUCACUGCUGUGGGCUCGAGCAGAUCAAGGAAGAGCACAAGGCGGCCAACCGCCAUGUGUUCGUGCAGCUUCUUCGCUAUCAGGAGGAUAUCAACACCAAAGGCUCGCUUCCCUUCAAGCCGGACCCUACAGAUGAGCAGAGGAAGUCGAAAGGCAGCAGUGCGGCGCCAGUGUACCCGGAGAGCUUGACCAUUCGCGACCCACGUCAGCUCAAGCAGAUCCUGCCGAUCCCCGACAUCCACAAGGUGUCAGACUGCGAUCUUAUCUACCGCUUUCUUAUUGCCCGGCGCAUGGACGUCAGCCUGGCUACAAGUGAUAUCCUGCACUACAUCGGCUUCCGCGAGAAGUACAACCUCGAUACGAUCUUGUGGGACCACGAGGUGGUAGCGACCUUUAACGGUCUCGAUGGCGAGGAACUGGUGGGGCAGGUGAUGGCGGAGAUGAAAGACACCACCUCCGCGGCGAAGGUCAAGAUCACGCGUCCGCUGCUGAAGGCCGGCUGGGCGGCGUGCUACUGUGGGGUGGACAAGCGUGGUCAUGUUAUCUUCUACCAGCGGCCGAACCCGAAAGAGCUGGCGAUGCUCGAAAGACGGUGGCCCUACGUCGAGGGCCACUAUGACUGUCGCAGCCCCGACUUCCACUCUGUCACUCCACCUUACAGCAACCUACUCCCACGACUGUACCUGCGAGAACUCGAGAAGGGUCGCCGUAUCUCGCGCCUGCUGAAUCACAACCAGCAACAUAUUAUCCGGGAGGUCCUGCGCGUGCAGGCCGGAGAGACGCCGACGUCCACAGACACGUUUAGGGACAACGGCGGGGGCGCCACCUGCCUUGUUGAUGUCGGUAGUGUGAAGGUGUCGCACAUCGCUUCCAAUAAAUUCAAGAAGGUCUUCAAACUCUUCCGCCUCCUCUCUCUGAUGGGGCAGAGCUUCUACCCGGAGAAUAUGAACCGCAUGAUCAUCAUCAACGGCGGAUUUGUGUUCAACAUGCUCUUCAAGCUCGUCCGACCGUGGCUGGACCCGCAGACACAGAAGAAAAUCGUUCUGCUCUCCCACACGAACAAGGCCGCACUAAGCGAGCUCAGUGGCGACUUGAACCACGCGUCACCGAGCAGCGCAACGAGCAAGAGCGACGAGAGCGAAGGCGACGGAGCGCCGGUGACUGGGACGGAGUCGGAAAAGACGAAAUUUGCGCUGCGCGACGCGCUAUCUGAGUACAUCCAUGAGGACUUCAUUCCCUCGCAGUACGGUGGCCGCCUACCUGUCGUCGACUCACCUCUCUUCUACGGCAGUUGCCCGCCCAAGAGGCUUGCAGAAAACCCGCACUACCCAGCCGCCUGCGAACACGUACGUGCCCGCAUCACUCCGGAGCUUCUGCAGGAUGAGUUCAUAUUUGCCAACGCCAAGGAAGGAAAGGCGGUCACUCAGGAAGAGUGGAAGGCGUUCUGCACGAUGAUAGAAGGCAUCCUGCCCCGCAAGCGGUAG